AGAUCCCUUAUUCGACCCACACCCGCCCCGCUCCAUGGAAUAUUCAAGAGAAUGCCCCACAAAAAUCACGCCUCUCUCACUCUUACUCUCUCUUCCGCUAAAGAAAAAAGGGAAAAAACCCUAACGAAGUAGCUUCAGAAUGUGGUUUUAAUUCAUCACGGAGCGACUAGAUAUUCAGUGAGAAUAUUUCUUGCAAGAAAAACAUGCAUAUGCAGCAAAAUCUACUUUUUAGAUCCAUUCCAGCUAUAUGUACUCAUAGUGUGUGGGGCUUUAUACCUGUUUAUCUGAAGCAUCACAUUAAUCCAGUCAAACACAAGAUACUACAUAUGUCAUGUCAGCUUAUAUUGCAAAGUAAAGCUAAAAGGUGUGGCUUUUUAGUUAAUUGUCUUAUCGGAACCGUUGGCAACUCUAAUAAUGAGCACCAGACUUGUCAUAGAAGUGGUGAGGAAAUUUCAUAUGAUUUAUACAAUGAGUCCAUUUGUGAGUUGUGUGCUGAAGGUGACGUUGAUAAGGCUAUGAGGUUGCUCUCCGAGAUGGAGGCGUUGGGUUUUCAUCCAACUUUUGUAUCUUAUAGCAGCCUGAUCGAUGCCCUUGGAAGUGUUGGUAGGACUUUGGAAGCUGAUGCAAUCUUUCAAGAAAUGUUAUGUUUUAGUCGCAAACCAAGGAUAAAGGCGUUCAAUACCUUACUUAAGAGCUUCUUGAGAAAAGGCCUCUUAAGGCUGGCAGAUAAGGUCUUGUUGUUACUCGAAGAUUUGGCUAUUGACAGGAACCUAGAAACUUAUGAGAUCCUGCUUGAAUAUUAUGUCAAUGCUGGGCGGUUGGAAGAUACUUGGUUAAUUGUUGCCAAAAUGAAGAGAGAAAGUUAUCCUUUAAAUUCUUUUGUGUAUAGUAAAAUAAUUGAACUGUAUAGGGACAAUGGCAUGUGGAAAAAAGCACUAGGCAUUGUGGAAGAGAUCCGCGAGAAGGGGUUACGACUUGAUAAGCGCCUCUUUAAUAGUAUCAUUGAUACUUUCGGCAAGUAUGGUGAGUUGAGUGAGUCCUUAGAAGUGUUUGGAAAAAUGCGCCGAGAAGGCAUAAAGCCUGAUUUUAGAACAUGGAAUUCUUUGAUCCGGUGGCAUUGCAAGUUUGGGCAUCUAGAUACUGCUAUAGAUUUGUUCAAUGAGAUGCAGGAGCAAGGACUAUACCCUGAUCCAAAGAUCUUCAUUAUCAUUAUUACUCAUUUAGUGGAGCAGGGCAGGUGGGAUGUUAUUGAUAAAAUUCUCGAGAAUAUGCAAGGGAGAGGACAUCACAAGAGCGGGGCUAUUUACGCUGUCUUGGUUGAUAUAUAUGGCCAGCACGGGAGAUUUCAGGAUGCAGAAUAUUGUUUAAAUGCCCUCAAAUUGGAAGGUCUUCAGCUUUCGCCUAGCAUCUUUUGUGUCCUGGCCCAUGCAUACGCUCAGCAGGGAUUAUGUGAGCAGACUGUGAAGGUUCUGCAGAUAAUGGAAGCCGAAGGAAUGGAACCAAACCUUAUAAUGCUAAAUAUGUUGAUAAAUGCUUUUGGGAAUGUUGGUAGGCAUAUGGAGGCACUAUCAAUUUACCAGCAUAUAAAGGAAAUGGGUAUUACUCCUGAUGUGAUUACUUAUAGCACUUUAAUGAAGGCUUUUAUGAGGGCUAAGAAGUUCGAUCAGGUCCCCAAGAUAUAUAGUGAAAUGGAAUCUGUUGGAUGUACACCAGAUAGAAAGGCUAGAGAAAUGUUGCAAUCAGCACUGAUGAUCGUUGAACAGAGACAUAUGUUUAUCUGUGGUAGCACUUCUUCGUGCCUUGUUUACAACAACCUCAAAUCCUGUCACAGACCUUGCUGUUCCCGAAAGACCCUCGUCUCAAAUUUCUUCCUGCCUUGAUUAGGGAGCAUUAUUUAAUCCUUGAGAUCACAUAUCUUCGUUGGAUGAAGAUAUGGCAGAAUUGCUUGUCAUUUUGAGGUUUGUGAAUACAUAUUUCAAGCUGUUGUGGAUAAUAUUCGCAUGGGUAUAUCAUAGUUUUCCGAGAAUGCAUGGUUACAAUUGUUAGCAGUUGCUUAUCUCACAUAGUUGAUAGCCAUUAGUCAGACAACCAAAAUCACAAUCUCAAUUUCCUGUACCUAAUUUAUCCGAAGUUGUAUCGGACUUGUAAUAAACUGUUAAGUCUGCCAAUGCUUUGUACAUGACGGAAGUUGUCAUAUUUAGCCUUAAAAUUACAUUGAAGCCUUGGAAAUAGCCUCUGGCGGAAAUGCAAGGUAAGGUUGCGUACAAUACACCCUUCAGGUGGGGCCCUUCCCCGAACCCUGCGCGUAGCGGGAACUUAGUGCACCGGGCUGCCCGUUUUUUAAUUGGCUUAGUUGAUUUAACGUGCAAUAAUGACUCACCCACGCAAUUCCAUCCUUUUUUAUUGGAGCAUACCUUAGUUUAGAGACCACAUAUAUGUUCCUUGUUUCCUCUCGGAGGCACCAUAUGUGCUGAUAUCCACUGCUGUUGAACCGAGCUUAUACCCUUUUUUCCUUCGGAGUCUCCAAGUUUCAGUAAAUGACAGUCAGCCUGUGCCUGUAAAACGAAAUAACUUGUACUACUAGCAAGUUCAACGAUGGUGAGGUGUCCGCGACACUCUCUUUCAUCAAUUUGCUGUAUCACACAUGUAACCAUUACUGACGUUCUCUUGUUUCCUUGGCAGCCAUUCUUUUCUCCAGAUGUACUUCUCAUCUUCUGCAUUAUCUCUACAUCGACAGGGUAAGAAAUGAUUCGCAAAAUUCUUAUGUGAUGACAGAUUAGACCGUGCAUUUCUCUCACUGCCUUGCCGCAAGGCACGACCAUGGAAGUACAGAGAGUUUAUUUAUUUCUCAACGUAGUUAUGUGAUUUUUAUACUUUGCUAGUGAAGAGAUAAAAGCAACGUCUCUGAAGGCUAAAACACUGCUAUUGCAGCUGUAGAAAACUCAUGCUCGGCAUGAAAGAGAUUGUCCGUUCUAUAUGAAAAGAUUAUCUUAAAGAUGGCUAGUUUGCUACUAUUGUUGACUAGUUGAUCUUUAUAAAAUUAUGUGUAUUUGAAAGAUUGUAAUCGCCAGAGGAUUUAUUCCUCGUAGUCAUGCAUAGAUUCUUUUCCUUUAUUAUUACCACUUGGAAAUAUAAAUAUGAAAAAAGUCAACAUGCUUGUUCUUUAGCUUUUUA